CGGGGCAGCGCUUCCCCUUCCUCAUCGUCCUGGACUUCGAGGCCACGUGCUGGGAGGACCGCGGGCGGCGCGGGCCCGAGAUCAUUGAAUUUCCAGCAGUCCUGUUAAACACCUCAACAGGAGCUAUUGAAUCUGAAUUCCACAUGUAUGUCCAGCCCCAAGAGCAUCCUAUUCUCUCUGAAUUCUGUACAGAACUAACUGGCAUAACACAGAAACAAGUUGACGAAGGGGUGCCUCUCAACAUUUGCUUAUCUCAGUUUUUGAAAUGGAUUCAAAUGAUACAAAAGGAGAAGAAAAUUAUAUUCAGUACAGAUAGUCAGAGUAAUUCUUCAGAUGCAAAAGUGUGUGCCUUUGUUACUUGGACAGACUGGGACCUGGGUGUGUGUUUGCACUACGAGUGUAAAAGGAAGCAGCUGCGCAAACCUGACAUUCUGAAUUCCUGGAUUGAUCUCAAAGCAACGUAUAGGGCCUUCUAUAACAGAAAGCCUAAAGGGCUAAAUGGAGCUUUGCAGGAUUUGGGAAUAGCUUUUGAAGGACGGGAACAUUCUGGGUUGGAUGAUUCCCGGAAUACUGCUCGUCUUGCUUGGAGGCUGAUUUGUGACGGAUGUGUGCUGAAAAUUACUAAAUCUUUGGAUAAGAAUCUGCUUUUGUUUAUGGACUCCCUAGGCACGUCAGAAGAGUAAUUCAAUUUCCAGAACACUGACUGUAAACAUCAUUGACAAGACUCCACUGGGAAGUAAGAGCAGACCUGAAACAUCU